UUUUUGGGUAGUCAACAUGGCGGGCGGUGUAAUAACAUGUUGCCUCUCUCCGCAAGAGUUGGAGGCAAGAUCUAGGAGUAAAGCCAUCGAUAAAGAGUUGACGAAGGACAAGUCCUAUCUGAAGAGAGAGAUCAAGAUCCUCUUACUCGGUGCCGGCGAGAGUGGGAAGAGCACUUUCCUCAAACAGAUGAAAAUCAUCCACGGACAGGAGUUCAGCGAUGAAGAUCUACGCGACUACCGCACCAUCAUUUUCUCGAACAUUAUCAAGGGGUUGAAGGUGCUGCAGGACGCCCGGAAAAAGCUGGAUAUCCCGUGGGGGGACCCGUCCAACGAGAAACAGGGAGGUGUUAUUCUUACGUGCGAUACAACUCAGCUCGUUGAACCCUCGUAUUUUAUGCAGUUUGUACCGAGCUGCUACGCUCUGUGGAGCGACAGUGGAAUACAGGGGGCAUAUGACAGAAGACGGGAAUUUCAAAUGGCAGAUUCAGUCAAGUAUUUCUUAAAUGAGCUGGAUCGGGUUGGACAAGAGGAUUUCCUCCCUACUAGGCAAGACAUUCUCUUCGCACGGAAAGCUACCAAGGGUAUCGUCGAGCACGUCAUCGACAUCAAGAACGUCCCCUUUCGCUUUGUCGACGUCGGCGGGCAGCGGUCGCAACGACAGAAGUGGUUUCAGUGCUUCGAGAACGUCACAUCGAUCCUCUUCUUGGUGUCGUCCAGCGAGUUCGAUCAGGUCCUGAUGGAGGACCGCGUGACAAACCGACUGGUCGAGUCAUGCAACAUCUUCGAUACCAUCGUCAAUCACAAGUACUUCUCGACGGUGUCAGUCAUCCUCUUCUUAAAUAAAACGGACCUUCUGGAGCAGAAAGUCAAGGUGGUAAGCCUCAAGGACUACUUCCCUGAGUUUGAAGGCGAGUCCGCUAACAUGAAACAGGUACAGGACUUUAUCCUUCUCAUGUUCGACAUGCGUCGCCGUGACCGCAGCAAGUCGCUCUUCCACCAUUUCACCACUGCCAUCGACACGCAAAAUAUAAAGCGUGUGUUUGACGCCGUGAAGGUCACCAUCUUGAAGAAGAACCUGGACAACCUGAUGCUCACAACAUAAUAUUUUUAAGUAACGAAAUAAUCCACUCUCUUGUGCCUUUUUUUUCCCUCUAUGAAUCUAUGCUUCUUUUAAGACUGGGAUGCGGGAGGGGAUGCAUCGCAGGUCAGAAACGUUCAGAUAGACACAAACCCAUUUCUGCACACAUAGAAAGUGCUGGGGUUAAAUGGUGCUUGUUUUUAGGGAAAAGUUGCACCCUUUUCAGACAGGUGCAUCAGAGUUGCGCCAAACCAGUCAUUGUAAAUAAUGUUUAGUUUGUAGGUAUUUUUUUAACAAAAUGUAUAUUUUUAUGCACAAUUUUGUUGGCAUUGACAUGAAAAAAUAUUUUUUUAGUCUGUUGCUUUAUUAAUUUUAAUGGCAGUAUAUAUGUAGGCCAUUUUUACAAGCAGCCUACAAAUUCAUCGGUUAACUUUUAUGAGAUUUGUCGGCUGAAAUUUACACUUAUAAAAUAUUUUACUCAGACAAGAAUUUUGCUCUUGAUAGAAUCUCCUUCAUGCCUUUGUAUACCGGUAUGUGCCCACUGAUUAACUCAUUGCAGCUACCUCACUUGUUGUCCUCUUGACUCCUUUCGUAGAGCCGCUAAGCACAAAGCACUUCUGCUUACCAGAACAAGGUCACAAGCCAAAUUACCAUGUCUCAAUUUCUUUUGGGAAAAUCCAUGGGAUUUGUAUAACUCUGUAAGCAGGCAUUUUUCUGCUGACCAUAACCAUUGUAAAUCUGAACUGAUUGGCAUUGCGAUGUUAAAAACUUUGUAUUUGUGCUCUGUUACACUAUGCAGUUGGUAAAGCACAGUAAAUGCCCUACUUCCUUGUUAACGGAAGAUGAGGUCUGCUGGUUGUACUAGCAAAAAGUGAUAUCAUGUUAAGGAGGACACCACCAUACACCUUUUCGCAACUACACAUUUCGCAAGCGAUACUGUUGAAUGGGGUGCAUGCUGGUCUAGCUAGUGAUAAAAAACUUGAGCACUAGUUAGACCAUGCAGCAUGCACCUCAUUGAAAGACCAGCAUGUGCACCUCAUUCAAAGCCUACAGCGUGUUUACUGUGUAUUUGCGUUAAUGUCUAUGUACAGCAAAUUGGGUUUGUGCAUGAAGCUUAAACGCAGUAGACACUAUUGGUAAUUGUCAAAGACUAGCCUUCACAGUUUGUGUAUCUCAACAUAUGCAUAAAAUAACAAA